UCUUUUCUCUUCGGCUCUGUAAUUUACAAUCGGGAAAGUUGUAAUCAACACUCACUUACGAUUGAUGAACUUACCCAUCAACAUGCUUUCGAUGCUGUAACUAUUCUCAAAUCAUCUAAUUUCAGUCUCGUGGAGGAUCAAAACUAGGGUUAAUCUCUCCUGACCAAUGCGGUGGCUGCUGCAGCGAACGGUUAGUUUCUCCACCACUUUCUCCGAUUUCAGACAAGGGUUUGGUUUUAUUCAGACAUGUGGUCUAGUCAACGUAAAGCUAAAAUGGGUGAAAGACAAGGAACUCGACGCCGUCGUGGCUCGCGAGAAGCAUCUCAAAGCAGUAUGCAACCUCGUUUCGAUAAUCUCCUCUUCACACGAUACGAAAGCACCGAUCUUUCACCUCAACACUCACCGAGGCCAGCUCGGUCUCCCUCAAGAGCUAAAGCUCGCGGCUUUCAUAAGGAGAUACCCCAACAUCUUCGUGGAGCAUUGUUGUCGUGAUGGCGCAGGUACUCGCGUUCCUUGUUUCGGUUUAACCCCCGAGGGGAUAGAGCUUUACAGUGAAGAGGUUAAUGUCGUGCGGGUGAAUGAAGAGGAUGUUGUGUCGAGGCUGUGUAAGCUUCUUAUGCUCACGAGUGAAAGAACGCUUCCUCUGCAUUCCGUUGAUCAUCUCAGAUGGGAUUUGGGUUUGCCGUAUGAUUACAAAGCUUCGUUGGUUCGUAACCACCAGGAGUUGUUCUGUUUGGUUAAGUUGUCUAGUGAUCUCGUCGGUUUGAAGCUGUUACAUUGGGAUGAACGUCUCGCUGUUUCACACCACAUGAUGAGUGAUGAUGGUGAUAAUCAUAUGGCUUUCCCGGUUAAGUUUACUAGAGGGUUUGGGUUAAAGAGGAAGAGCAUGGAGUGGCUGCAAGAAUGGCAGAGACUCCCUUACACGUCGCCUUACGUCGACGCGUCUCAUUUAGAUCCGAGGACUGAUUUGUCGGAGAAGAGGAACGUUGGAGUGUUUCACGAGCUUCUUCAUCUGACGGUUGGGAAGAAGAUGGAGAGGAAAAACGUGAGCAAUCUUCGAAAGCCGUUUGCGCUUCCGCAGAAGUUUACCAAAGUGUUUGAGCGUCACCCGGGGAUUUUCUACAUCUCUAUGAAGUGUGAUACGCAGACGGUGAUCCUUAGAGAAGGUUAUGAUAGGCGGCAGCUCGUUGAAAGGCAUCCUCUUGUUGACAUCAGGGAGAAGUUUGCGAAUAUGAUGAAUGAAGGGCGUCUUGAUAGAAGUAGAGGGGUGUAUAGGAGAUCUGUUGACGCUGAAUUGGGGAAGAAGAGUGGCAAGAUUGUUUAUCCGGAUUGGUCUGAAGGAGAGGAAGAGGAAGUGUCAGAAAAUUAUCGGUUAUCCAGAUACGAGUCUGACUAUCCUGUAGCUGUAGAUAUUGAUAUGGUGCCGGCAGGUCAGAGACCGAGGUGGCAGUAGUAAGUUGGACUGCAAUGUUUGUUACAGUGCAACCAAAC